AGGGUCCAUUGUCUUGACACAUCAAGUCAACUCUCAAGUCUCCGGACAUGGGACUCAGUCCCGGUAUUUGAUUAGAAAUGAAGCAAUUAUAGCGUUUUAAUAUAUACUUCUGGCCUGGUCCUGUGUUAAGCAAAAGCCAUGUUUUUCAAGAUUGCUUUACUAGCGCUGUAUUUUCUAGUUGGCCAAGUAACAAUGGAAGAUGUCGGGUUCAAAUUCAAUGGAUUCCGGUCGGCAAACCUGAGUCUCAAUGGCAUAGCCGGGAUAACAUCUAGUGGCCUCUUACAGCUAACAAAUGCCACAAGACAAGAAGUCGGUCAAGCCUUCUAUCCUAGUCCCAUCAACUUCAAGAACUCAAAUGGCUCGGCCUUUUCUUUUUCCACUUCCUUCGUCUUUGCCAUAGAGCCUGAAUAUCCGGAUUUAAGUGGACAUGGGAUAGCUUUCGUGCUUGCACCGACAAGAAUCAUUCCAGGAGCUCGUGGGUCCCAGUUCUUUGGCCUCUUCAAUGAAACAAAUAAUGACAAUUCCAGUAAUCAUGUUUUUGCGGUGGAGCUGGAUACAAUCCAGAAUAACGAGUUUCGUGAUAUCAAUUUCAAUCACGUUGGUAUUGAUAUAAAUGGUAUGACAUCUAAUAUAUCAAAACCAGCAGGAUAUUAUGCUAAUGGCAAUGGCGUGCUUCACAACUUGACUCUUUAUAGUGGCAAGCCAAUGCAAGUUUGGGUUGAAUAUGAUGGUCUAGCCAAGAAAAUCAGUGUCACACUAGCUCCACUUGAUGUGAAUAAACCAAAUACUUCUCUUCUCUCCCUGCUAUACGAUCUUUCACCCAUACUUAAACAAACCAUGUACGUCGGCUUUUCAUCAUCUACCGGUUCAGGACUAACGUCCCAUUAUGUUUUGGGCUGGAGCUUCAAGGUGAAUGGCAUAUCUCAGGGGCUCGAUCUAUCUCGCCUUCCCAAGGUACCUCGAAUUGGACCUAAGGAGAAGUCUAAAUUUUUGACAAUUGGCUUGCCUACUAUUUCGUUGGUUUUGUUGUUGACAGCCAUAUCAGGCAUGGCUUAUUACAUGAGAAGGAAGAAAAAGUAUGCGGAAGAGAUAGAAGACUGGGAACUUGAAUAUGGACCUCACCGAUUCAAGUACAGAGAUUUAUAUGUAGCCACCAAAGGGUUUAGAGAGAAGGAGCUACUAGGGACUGGGGGAUUUGGUAGGGUGUUCAGAGGUGUCUUGCCUACAUCUAAAGUUCAAGUUGCUGUGAAAAGAGUGUCACAUGAAUCAAGACAAGGAAUGAGAGAAUUUGUGGCAGAAAUUGCUAGCCUUGGCCGGCUACGCCACCGGAAUUUAGUGCCACUUUUGGGUUACUGCCGGCGUAAAGCUGAGUUGUUAUUGGUAUAUGAAUACAUGCCUAAUGGAAGUCUAGACAAGUUUAUCUACGACCAACCAAAAUUUCCUCUCAACUGGGACCAAAGAUUUCGGGUCAUCAAAGGUGUGGCAUCUGGACUUCUAUACCUACAUGAAGAAUGGGAGCAAGUAGUGGUUCACAGAGACGUAAAGGCUAGUAACGUCUUGGUUGAUGGUGAAUUAAAUGGAAGAUUAGGGGACUUUGGCCUUGCAAGACUGUAUGAUCAUGGAACUGACCCUCAAACUACGCAUGUGGUUGGUACUCUAGGGUACCUUGCCCCAGAGCAUUCAAGAUGUGGCAGGGCCACACCAAGCACUGAUGUAUAUGCCUUUGGAGCCUUUCUACUUGAGGUUGCUUGUGGUAGAAGGCCUAUAGAUAAUCGAGCACCCACAGAAGACAUAAUUUUAGUGGACUGGGUUUUCUCCCACUGGAAUAGUGGUGAAAUUUUACAGGCCGUUGACCCAAAAUUGGGUAAUGAAUAUGUGAAAGAAGAGGUGGAACUGGUAUUAAAACUUGGAUUAAUAUGCUCUCAUUCUGAUGCUGAUGCUAGGCCAAAUAUGAGGCAAAUUCUGCUGUGCUUAGAGAGCGCUGUCGCAUUGCCAGAAUUGUCAUCACUUCGUAUUUCUGGAGCUGGCAUAACAUUUGCACAUGGUGAAGGCUUUGAUGAAUUUAUCAUGUCAAAGCCAUCUUCGGCGAGCAAUGCAUUUUCGUACGAUUCCUCCGUUGCUGACUCCUUGCUAUCUGGAGGUCGAUGAUUAUCUGAUAUAUGAAUAUUUAUCCAGACCAAUAAAGAAUAAGAUCGCUGAUAGAAUUUGUAUGUAAUCUUACAUGAAUAAA